AUGAGAGUUCCGCUCCUUGUCAAUCGAGGCAUGGCGUCCAAAAUUGCGCAGACGACGCGGAAAGCUUUUGAAAUAUUCAGUGUCGAGUCAGUCACGAAAGACAAGCUUCAAGAAUUGGUUCAACUCACUGCGCAGCUUACGGCUCGGGACAUAAAUCUGAACCUCGAGCAGGUGCGUAGAGAACGCGUGACUAGGGCUCCCGUGUCGUACAUGGAAAUUUUCGUCAAUAAAGCAUUGACCGUGUGUGUCUUCGUCCUGUGGGACGACACCAAGAUGCCUAUGCAUAAUCAUCCUGAUAUGCACGGGAUACUGAAGGUUCUGCAUGGGACCGUUCGAGUACAGUCUUACACCGAAGCGCAACUUAACAACAACAGUGGUGAACGUAAUGUGGUGCCGGAAAAUUGCAAGAAAGCGAGCUGGCUGUGGAAUCGCGAUCGAACGCUCGGUGGUGACGGAAAGGAAGAAUAUGUGCUUGCAAAGAAACAUGAAGCUAUCUUUUUGAAUGCUGGUGAAAACGAAGCGCCCGCAAUCCUUUAUCCAAUAGACGGAAACAUACACGAAAUCCAAGCUGUCGACGGGCCCGCUGCUUUCCUUGACAUUCUCGCUCCGUCAUAUGAGGCGAGAUUUUCUUAUUGA